AGGGGCUGCCGUCUCCAAUCGGGAAGUACCGUUCGUUCUGAAGUUGCAUAAUGGAUCUUGCAUUUCUGGUUCUUGGUCGCGUCGCCCGAUGGACUUGCCAAGAGAUUCGUAGGCGCAUCAUUGACCAAUGACCACUGUCUGCUCGGCCAGCGUCUCGGGCCACGGAGAGUACCGUAAGAGUACUAACACGUGGGUAACACAGAGGGGGUAAGACCUCUCGGUCAACGCUCCUGCUUAAUGUAUAUAAAGGUUGGGGCCCCGAUGGAUGUUCGAGGCAGAUCGUCAUCAGACAUGUUCGGGAAGAUUAUCCUAGCGCUCUCGGCUCUGGCCUGGGCCAGUGCCCAGAUACCUAAUAUAGGUUUCUGUCCAGAAUACAUACCCAUGGCGAACUUUAACAGGCAAAGGUUCAUGGGCGUUUGGUACGAAGCUGAAAGAUACUUCCAGCUUAGUGAAGUGGUAUCUCGAUGCGUUAUGACGAAUUAUACCAGAGGCAUCGAUGGAAAAUACCGCGUGAGCAAUGAAGUUACGAAUCGUUUCACCGGCAUAAAGAGGGUGCUGGAAGGUGAAAUUAAGCCCGCAGCUUCCAAGGCUGAGGAGGGUAAACUUCACGUCAAGUAUACCACGGUUCCACUGGCUCCUGAGACGAAGUAUUCGGUACUUGAAACGGAUUACGAUUCGUACGCCGUGUUAUGGAGUUGUCAAGGCAUCGGUCCGGUCCACGCACAAAAUGCGUGGGUCAUGACGAGGGAACGAAUACCGUCCGGAAAAACACUUCAAAAGGCUUACGGUGUUCUUGACAAAUACAAAAUAUCGAAAACGUUCUUCGUGAAAACCGAUCAGGCGGAAUGCGCCUAUUUGGACCCGCCGUCGGAGGAGUCCGCGGAGAAACCCGAGGUGGAAAAGCCUGUCGGGGAGAAGCGAAAACGGAAACCGCAACCAGCCGAGCCGAGUGAGAACUUCAGAUCGGCCAUCGCUCUGAGUGAUGCUGAGGCCGCGAUAAAACAGAAGGAGGAAGCAGAAGCUGCGAUCACGGGCGAGAAAGCGCCCUCCGAUAUCCCGAAGAUAAUAGCGGAGGAACCUGCGAAACUCGAGCAUCCCAUCGAAACUAUUCCCGAACGGAUCUUGCAGAUUGCGGAAGCGAUAAAGGAGGAGAGCGGCGAUGCCAAGGAUAAAAUGAUCAUCGUCGAGGUCAAGGAGGAGAGCGUCGCGGAAAACCCGAAGGAGGAGAAGAGCGAGCUUGCGAAGGAGAUAGAAGCAACUGCUUAAAAGUAUCGUUUAGCAAAAAAAAAGUCUGAUAGUUGGCGCUAGCAGGGACGUGUUAGGGGGAUUUUCGACGUCUUAGGCUCGUAGCGGUUUCCUCACUGAGAACCAGUCUCGCUUAAGUACCGCAAAAUCAUUAAUCACUGUCCCAUCGACGCGUCGUCGUCGUCGUUUGAGGACAUAGGGUUGGCACAUGGCGCUUUGUUUUAUAGGCUUACGUACAAAUGUAAAAAAAAAAGAAAAGAAACCAAGAUAAAUAAAAUUGUUAUAAAAAAUGUCUUAAUAAAAUGUAUUCGUUUGUUUAUUACUUCGCUGCGCAGAUAUAAUAAUACGCAUAUAAAAUUGAUUACUAAAUACUUUGUAAUAUUAAUAAUUCAAUUGUUACUUAAUGCGUUAAGUCACAUAUCUAAUAUCUAACAUAAUAUUUAAUUAAUGAGAUGUCAAAAAAUUGAUUUAUUUAUAAAGUCGUGACAAUUUAUGAACCGAGUUACGAUAUGUGAGAGAAAAUGUAGUUCUUAGACUCUUGGAAAGUCUUUUUAGCUUUCGCAUCACGAUGUGAUGUGAAGUAGAAGCUAAAUGUGUCAUAGCGUUUUCAUCGUAAACACAAGUAUAACCAGGUCACAUAACGGAUAUACUUUUCAUAUCAUCAUUAAUAAUUUAACUUUCAAUAAUGAUAUCGAUUAUAAAUUCAAUAAUAGCAAAAUUAUCACUUA